AUGGAUCCGUCAAGAGGUAACUACUUCGGUAACAACAAUGAAAACGCUGGCGUAGGAAACAAUUUCUUUGGUCAUUAUGCAGAUGUCCCCAAUGAGCAAGACAGAUAUGCGUAUAACAAUUAUUACAACACUGCGGACAACGCAUCCAUGUUAGUUAAUGGGAUUGAACGGUUGUCGUUGCAAAACCCCACUGACUCGUUCAAUGCAAACCAGGGGGUUUGGUAUGGGUCAGGUACUCCUACAUUUGUACAAAACACAUCGAACUUCUUUGGAACAGCAAAUGCAUCAUCAUUGGAUGGGUUUUGGAAUGGAGGGCCAGAAUGGGGAAAUACAGAUGGUAGAACAUCCCUUGAAGGAAUAUCGAAUCAAUGGGCUCGGGUUCGUAACGAAGAGAGUCAAUAUGGGGGUCAAUAUGAUGGAACGAGAUACACAACUUGUAAUAGGGACACACCUUCAACUUCACAAAUGCACUCAAACGAAGCAUUUUCUAGGGGUAAUACACGUUUGGUUGCAGAGGAGGUUAAUGAAGCGGAAUCAGAUGAGGUGGAGGAUGACGCAGAUGAAUCGGAUGAGGAGGAGGAGGACGAAGAGGAAUCAGAUGAGGAUGAGGAGGACGAAGAGGAAUCAGAUGAGGAGGAGGAGGGGGAUAACGAAGAGGAAUCAGAUGAGGAGGAGGGCAUUAAAAAGGACGACUUCAGGAAUGCCGUGCAUCAACGAGACUUGUAUUUCGUACAGCAAGUAAUGGAGGAAGUCGAUGAAAACCGCCCGAACAAAAAACAGAAGAUACCGUACCUUACGUCGGCCAACAAAGGUUUGGAGUGGGUGAUGUCAGCAUUAAAUUCCGAGAAUACUAGAAAGUGUCCUGAAGUCUUCGGGAUGAAAAAGGAAGUGUUUGAAAAGCUAUGCAAUGAAAUGGUUAACAAAUACGGCUUCAAAAUAGGAACAAAACGUGCGGUCGGCGUAAUUGAGAGCCUUGCAAUGUUUUUGUGCUUAUUGCGUGGACAGACCCUUAAACAGAUCCAGGAACAAUUCCAACGUGGGCAAGCUACUUGUUCGAGGCAGAUCAACAAAGUCCUAAAAUGUAUGUUAAAAUUGGCGGCGGACGAAAUAAAGCCAAAAAGCGAUUACAAUGACCCACAUCAUUACUUGCAAGCUAGACCUCAAUACAAACAGUUCAAGGAUUGCAUUGGGGCGAUGGAUGGUACUCAUGUAUUUUGCAAGCCUAAUCCGAAGGAUGCGAAAAGAUUUUGGGGACGGAAGGGAGGCCACACUACGAACAUAAUAGCUGUGUGCGACUUUGAUCUAUGCUUCACUUUUGCCUCGCCGGGGUGGGAAGGAUCGAUGCAUGAUUAUUUAAUUUUCAAGGAAUGUGUUCAUGGUAAAGGCAAGAAAAAGUUUCCGCAUCCACCGGAAGGCAAGUACUAUUUAGUGGACGGUGGCUACCCUAAUGCAAAAGGAUACAUGGCACCGUACAAAGGGCACAUGUACCACCUAGACGAUUUUAGGCGCAGAGUGAGACGACACAUGGGUGACCACGAAUACUUUAAUAGGUGGCACUCGUCACUUCGAUCUGUCAUUGAGCGAACAUUUGGGGUAUGGAAAAAUCGAUGGCGGAUGAUGAAGAUUCCAACAUAUUAUAACUUGGCGCUUCACAAGAAGUAUGUUCUGGCUUCCAUGGGCAUACACAACUUCAUAAUCCGCAAUUGUCCGGACGACGAAGAGUUGCAAGAAGCUUUGCUUGAUGAUGAAAACUAUGAUAACGAUGAUAUUCCGGAUAUUAAUCCCCGAUCCUCCGAAAUGGAGGCCGCUGAAGACAUGCUAUUUCCGCUACAUGCGAAUGAUUCGAACAUGCGAGAGGUGCGAGAUGAAAUAAUGACAAACAUGAAAUUGGACCGACGACGACGAGGAAGAAGUUAAGGCGGGAAUGCUUAGGUUCAGCUGCCCUUGA